CAAUGCCAGUUUCAGAUAAACUGGCUGGAAUAUGUGAGGUCAGCCUAUUGCUCACAACAUGCUCAGCAACAUUCAUUUCCAUCCAUCAUCUGCCAACACAUAAAAAAUAGGCAUGCAAAUUGCAUAGCAAUUCUUCCCAAUUUGUUUGACAGGACUAAAUCAGGACAAUCUGAAGGGUCAAGUAUCCUGCCUUUUCUUUCUGCCUCAGGGAGAGCCAUGGGGGACUGGUCAAUACUGGGACGUUUUCUGUCCGAAGUGCAAAACCAUUCCACAGUGAUAGGGAAGAUUUGGCUGACCAUGCUGCUCAUCUUCCGCAUCCUGCUGGUGACCCUGGUGGGAGACGCCGUCUACAGUGACGAGCAGUCCAAGUUCACCUGUAACACCCAGCAGCCCGGAUGCAACAACGUCUGUUACGACACCUUUGCACCUGUGUCACAUCUGCGUUUCUGGGUUUUUCAGAUUGUGCUGGUAUCCACUCCAUCUAUCUUCUACAUCGUUUUUGUUCUCCAUAAAAUUGCCAAGGAUGAGAAGCUGGAUGUCCAGAAAGGAAAGUUCAUAAUCCAAGCCCCCUCCAAAAAUAACUAUGUUGAGCUUGGUAGCAGUUGUAUGGAGGGCACCAGGGUGGAGCCCAUCUACAGUCCCAAGUACAUGGAGGAAUGGGGCACAAAAGACCAAGAAGGAAUGGAGCAAAGUCUCCUUGACGAGGAUUAUGCUGAACUUGGUGAAGAUCCAACCCAGCUAUCGAGCCAAGUCCUACUCAUUUACAUUCUUCACGUGUUGUUACGUUCUGUUAUGGAGAUAACCUUUUUGGUGGGCCAGUAUUACUUGUUUGGUUUUGAAGUGCCGCACCUGUAUCGCUGCGAGACCUAUCCCUGCCCAACACGCACUGACUGCUUUGUUUCUCGUGCCACAGAGAAGACAAUUUUUCUGAAUUUCAUGUUUAGUAUCAGCCUGGGCUGCUUUGUUCUCAACAUCGCCGAGCUUCACUAUCUUGGCUGGGUGUACAUAUUCCGCAUCUUGUGCUCAGCUUGUUCUACGUGCUGUACUCAUGAGAGGGAUGCUAAGGGGCGGUACUCCCACCAGAACCCCUUGCUGCUGCAGCUGAAGCACUCCCUCAGGGGGAGGCUGGUCCUACAGACGCCUGCCCCCAGGAGCCAGGAGAAGGCUCGAGGUCUGCUCAGUCACGCCCCGGCCAUCUCCUUUGAGACGGAUUCCACCGUGGAAUGCACCUCCAAGAGGACUUUAGAGGAGAGGGACAAAGUGAAGCUCAAAUUAGCCAACAUGGCAAAACUAGGAAGAACUAAGAAGUCCUGGUUAUAAAAGGCAUUUUAGAAAUGCAAUACAGAAAUAGUAUACUUUGAGGUAUUUCACAUUUUUUGGCACAUGGAAUAUGUAUGUACGGAGCUAUAAUUAAUAUAUUGCAUGGAUUAGGUGGUCAAAAAAAGGUAAUAUGACUGGAUUAAAUACUUAAAUUAAAGCGGCAAAA